AUGUUGAGUCUACUUGUAUCGAGCCAUGAAAUACCGUCACCAGGCAAUGCAGUCGAUUUGAAGGACGAAGCUGGUAUAAUAACGAACCAUGGCCUGGGAACGGUAUAUCACGUAUGUCGUCGUUCUCAACCUCACCUCACCUCAGCUGUUCGCCACAUCCCAACACUAUUCAUUCCCAAACACCGUGCCCCAAGACCGGAUCCUGUCAUUUCCCUGCCUGCGUCCCACUCCUUUCACCCUCCCCUCCCCAUCCCACCUCCCCCGCAUCCACCUCUCCAUCACAGACGAACUGACGCUCAAGCAAAAAGACGAACCAACACCCUCCUCCUCAGCACCCUCGCCCUAGGCACCUCCUGGGCGGCCGUCCGCUGGCGCCAAGAAGCCGACCGAAGACGGAAUGCGAACACUUACCAUGUGGAGCCGCAUCGAUCCGGUGGUGGGGUGUGA